AACUAGCCAUUCCAAACAAAACCCACUUCAAUUAUUAUUACUCGAAAAUAACUAGUUUUUCCUCCCAAUCUUCGGGCCGAAAUCACAAGACAGUGGGCAGGGCUCAUCACUAAAAAGUGGGCAGAAAUAUGCAAAAUCCCUACUAUACCCCCCAACUCAUGAGUGAUUAGACUCAUUACAUUGGCACCACCUAAUUCACAAGGACAAAUCAGUAAUUCAAAACCAGAAACCAUUUGCUUCAGCCUCCGGUUUUUCAAUCGCUAGUUUCCAAUUUCGUCAUCACAGCAUGCUAUGCGUGUGUAUGUAUAACUAUAUAUAUAUAUUCUCAGUUCCUCUCAUCUCAUUCAUCAAAACACAAACUUUAGUACAAUCAAAAUACUAUAUUGAAGUCUUCAAAUUGUAUACUGAAGGGUCAAGAAAGAUGAGUUCAACGAGCAGAGCUUGGAUGGUGGCAGCUAGCAUUGCGGCGGUGGAGGCAUUGAAAGAUCAGGGAUUCUGUAGGUGGAACUACACGAUAAGAACCAUACACCAGCACGCCAAGACCAAUCUCAGGUCAUUCUCACAGGCCAAGAAGCUUUCUUCGUCAUCUUCCACCGUGAUUUCGAGCAGAGUGAGAGACGAGAAAGCAAAGCAGUCGGAGGAGUCUCUCAGAAAAAUCAUGUACUUGAGCUGUUGGGGUCCCAAUUGAUGAAAGAAGAAUAAUUUUUUAUUUUAUUUUAUUUAUUUAUUUAUUUUUUUAACUCUUGUGAAAUGUAAAUACACAAAAAAAAAAAAGAAAGAGAAAAAAAAGAAGUAAUUUUGAUCUAUCAGAUAACUUGUAUUUUGAGAAUUGUUGUUUCAAUUAAUGUUGAUUCUUGCUUGCUUCUUCACAUUGUUGAAUUCUGAAUUGUGUAUUUAUUGUUUGGUUCAUGGGAUUGUGGAUUCAGUCACAGGGUUUUUGGGUUGAGUGGGUUGUUGGGAGAUGGAAGGAAUGGAAGGGAAUUUUUCUCUUUGGACGGGAAGAGAGGAAGGGAAGGGAAGGGGAGGAGGAGAAUUCAGGAGGUCUUUGUGUUUUUUUUUUUUUUUGCUUUCAUUUCGAAAACAAAUAUAGUGUUGAUAUACCCUGGUCCCUGGAAUAUGUUUGGUGGCAUUAUUGAUUCAGUUAUUUGAAAUUUAGAAACCUAGUGUAGGGGUUCAAUA